AUGGGCUACCGCUGGGCGGCCCGCAGCAGGCCAGACGUACAGUGGCACUCCAUGAUUUCGCGUGAGGAGCUGGAAGACAUGGCCCCGCCAUUUGUAUUAUCCAACUGGGUGCCAAUGCCCAUCCAGGGUGUGGUCGAGGAUCAGUUUCUCAUCGGCUACUGGCUUGAAAAACUAGUAAAAGCUAAGCAUGAAAGCUCCGAUGGGUCUCAGUACAGGAGCUGGAGCUACCAAGCUGCCCCCCCUUGGUGCGUGGAGCAUGCCACCAUCCGCCACUUGCAUGCUAUGUCAAAGCUACCAUACCUCGGUAUAUGUUUCAACAAAGUGGCACCCUGUCGGCGGCCUCGGACCAAUUAUUGUGACCUGGAUCCUCCACGUCAUACAAAUGGCUAUGUGGAAAGUGAUCCAGCCUUCUUUGAACUGUUUGACAUGGAUUAUUUUUUGACUGGCUCGGCCUCGAAUGGAAACUUUGAUGGUCAGUUGGCAGUUCGCUUAGCCCGGUUCUUCCGGGAUGACGUGGACCGAGCAGCCCGCCGCUGUGGGCAGCGAAUUUUCCGGCAGCCUGGACGCCCAGCGCGACCGGCCCGGGUCUUGGACAUGGGAUGCGGGCGCGGCAGCUAUGUGGAGCUCUUUGAGCGAUGGGGCCUUGUUGCCAUUGGCGUGGAUGGAGACGUGGUUGUUCGCCGAACACUUCCCAAGAGCAGCCUUGUUUGGGAUCUGACAGAACCUUUGGACUUACCGGGAAUCCGUGCAAGUGAGGCUGAGGGCUUUCGGUCCCUAAUUCCGGCGGGGCUAAGCGGUGAUGGGGUGGACGGGACUAUGGAUCUUUUCCUCACUCAAAUUGAGGCCAUCGAGUCGGAGGCGGACCAGGCAGGUGCCUGCAGUUUUGAGGCACCUGAUGAUCCAACAGAGGAGGAAGAUGCAACCCUCAUUCUGAGUGUUGGCUUGAAGAUGCAAGGAACUGGCGGUCAUCACUCUGUGGCUCUCUUGCGUCACAUUUGUUGCAGCGACGUGCGCUGUGUUGGUUAUGGCAUGGGGGUGAGCGACCCACCCAUUGGCUCUGUUUGGCGCCUCGCAUCCAGCCAGGGUGAAGAUCCCUACAACGGCACGCGACCCUCCUUCUUCUACGGGCUCAGAUAUCUACGGCGCAAGUCCUGGCCCACAGCAAGAGCAUCGCCAACUUCGCCAACAUCAGACGGCUUUACAGCACGCAAACUUCUGCCCGACUCAUUUCUGCAGAGUCUUGGCCUGCUGACGGUGUCCUUUGGUUCAGCAGACUGGGUCUUGAGCCUUGAAGUGGGCCAGUUCAUUCCGCGCUCCAAAGAAGAGCCAUUCCUCAUGAACUUGGUGCGGCACGCGGAACUCGGCAUCGUGAUUCUGUGGGGAAGCGCUGGACCCAACCCUCGAUCUGCUGAAGAAGUGCAGCAGCUGUUCAAGCCUCUUGGCUUUGCAGAGGACAGGGGAGCUGCGAGGGAGCUCCGCCUCUUUGCUGGUUUGGCUUUUGGCGGGCAGAAGGAACAGCUCCUCGUCCUGCGGCGCCGUAUGGGGACUUGGGCUUCAUUGGAUCCUUGGAAUCGUCAGGAUGUGCAUAACAUGCAGGGCAGCGGAGAACCAGCUGUUCUGGUGGGACACCACGCGUACCUUGUCCAGUACCGAGGGAAGCAGGCCGUUCACUGCGCUGUUCAUGAGACCUAUGGCCUGGUCCGUCCUGGCCUUCUUUGGGUGGAUGGAGGAUGUGGAGGGAUUUUUCGUGUUUGGCGGACAAAUAACGUCAACGAGCUGCCUGGCACCUUCUGCAUCAACGCAGACCACAGGUACAAGGAGUGCAUCAUCCCGUCUUGGCUCACGGACCCCAAGAUCAAUGCCAUAGCGGUGAGCGCGGCCACCACGCCACACAGGCGCCAGAACUUGGAGGAUUCCCAGAGCAGCCCCAAGAAGGUUUCCGAGCUCGCCAAACCGGCUCAGCUGGAUUGGCAGAUGCACGCCUCGGCAGACCAACUGGUGCCGCGGCUGGCUGUCUGGCGAGGCGACCCUCGCCUGAACAUGAUUUUCUACAAAUUUGCGCGCAAGCUUGCUUCAGCGCCUUGCCAAGACAAUCGCAUUGCAGCUGUGCACUUAAAGCAGUUCGAGCUGCAUCUGGAAUGGCGCUGGCUUUGGUCAACGGAUUGGCGGCCUUUGCUGCGUCUGUCAGCCCAAAUGCGGGGCCGUCGUGUAGAGCCGGAGGUCUCUUCGCGCUUCGCUCGACUGUUCUUGAUACUUCGCUCGAUUGGCUCAAGGCUCUCUCGCAAGAAGGGCUUGCCGGUGAAGUCCAGAGUGAGUUGGAAGCUGAGCAGCCAAGCUCUUGGCCUCUUCCGCCAGGCAGAGGUCACCGCUGAGCGUGCCCUCGACCAGCAGCUCACGCUUGCUAGGGGGCUGACGUCAGAGAAGCUCAACGUGAAGGGUCGCAGGAAGGUCAGCUGGUCUGCUGCAGACUGCCUCCCACGCUGGCGCUUUCGCCGUGACCGGAAGAAGCUGAAGGGUCCACCACCACCAGAAGCCGUGCUGCGUCGCUUUGCUUUGGCACAACGAUCAGCGGCCUCCCUGCUUGCACGCAUUCCGCCAGUCCAGGCCUUGCAAAGCCAAGCUCUGCUGGAUCUUUUGCUAAUUGCUCACAGGGCAGCACUGGCCGUGAUGCGUUGGGGCGAAGCCCUUCCCUGCGCAGGGCAUCUUCCAAAGCGCUCUCAGUCUCACCACCCCGUGGCCAAGCCAGCCGGGUGUAUGAGGCCUUGGGCCAAGGAUUCUGUGGAGGCCUGGUACAUAUACC